AUGUGCUAUGGCCUAACUAGGCAGCAAACUAAGAAGCUAGCAUUUGAUUAUGCCAUGGCUGAUGAUAUUUGCCCAGAUAAAUGGAAGGAAAUUGAAACUGCUAGUGACGAUUGGCUCAAAGGGUUUAUGAGCAGACACAAAGACUUAGCUGUGCGAAAACCUGAAAGCACUUCUCUAUCCCGUGCAACAAGUUUUAAUAAAACAAAUGUAAACAACUUUUUUGAGAAACUGACCACUGUUUUACGCAAACACAAUUUUCUUCCCCAUAUGAUUUUUAACGCCGACGAAACAGGCUGCAGCACCGUCACCAAUCCACCUAAAGUGAUAGCCGAAAGAGGUUCAAAACAAAUUGGGCAAGUUACCUCAGGUGAACGAGGAACAUUGGUGACAACUCUGUUCUUUAUUAAUGCUGCUGGUGGUUUCUUACCGCCUAUUUUUGUGUUUCCUAGGGUGAACUACAAAGAUAUUAUGUUAAAUAAUGGUCCACCUGGAGCUCUAGGGUUGGCUCAACCUUCUGGAUGGAUGACUGAAGACUGUUUCGUUAAAGCGCUUGAACACUUUGUGACUUAUAUUAGACCAUCAAAGGAAAAUCCAGCAUUGAUUUUAAUGGAUAAUCACAGCUCUCAUGUGAAUCUCAGAGUGGUUGAAUUUGCCAGACAAAACUCAAUCGUUAUAGUUACAUUCCCGCCGCACUGCAGUCACAAACUGCAACCACUCGAUGUCACUGUAUAUGGCCCUUUUAAAACUAGAUACCGCAUUGCCAUGAAUGAAUGGAUGUUGUCAAACCCUG